CCAUUUCUCUGACAACUGUGACGAUCCAAAACAAACGCUGAAGUGCAUUUCAGUGAUCCUAACACAAUCUCUAUUAGUUUGAUUCCACCGCUAUCACUGUGAGGACUGUACACAUUUUUUUUGAAAAACAAAACAGAGACAAGAAAUGGCCGGACUCGAAUCUAUGAUCACAACCUUUGAUGAAAAGCCGUCUCCUGUGGAUCGUGAAAAGGUUACGUGGUUACCAACGUGUCCUCUGCUACUCAGAGUAUUCUGUUCGACCGGUCGUCAUCAUUCCACGAGUGAAUUCGGUCACGGCAAUGUUCCCUCGAAUGAACUACAAAUUUAUACUUGGCAGGAUGCUACAUUACAGGAACUCACCACUCUCGUUCGUGACGUCAAUCCGGAGACGCGACGCAAGGGAACAUAUUUCGAUUUUGCUCUGGUGCAACCGGAACCAUUUGGUCCGGGCUAUCGGAUGAGAGACAUCGGAGUCACUUGUUCCGGACAACGAAAUGCCGACGAUACGUUAACAUUAGCCCAAGCCAAGUUCAAUAUCGGUGAUUACAUGGACAUCAACAUUACACCACCGAAUCGUGUACCACCACAGCGACGAGCGAGACCGUAUUAAGACGGAGGAUGCGAAAUGGAAAAUAAAUUUUACAAACACGAAAUGAGGUUAACGGUCGCCCCGUAUAACACCUUUGUGACACUUAUUUUAACGUGGUGAACAGACACUGCAAAAAA